AUGGCGCCGUUUAGAAGGAGUAAGAAACCCCCACCAGAGGGGUGGGAGCUGAUUGAACCAACUAUCGAGGAAUUAAAUAGGAAAAUGCGGGAAGCAGAAACAGAUCCUCAUGAAGGGAAGCGUAAAGUAGAGGCUGAGUGGCCUAUCUUCCGUAUCCACCACAAAAGGUCCCGAUUUAUUUAUGAUUUAUACUAUAAGAGAAAAGCGAUUUCUAAGGAAUUAUACGAAUUUUGCUUAAAAGAAAAGAUUGCCGAUGGUAACUUGAUUGCCAAAUGGAAGAAGCAAGGAUAUGAAAACUUAUGUUGUUUGAGAUGCAUUCAGUCUAGAGAUACAAAUUUUGGGACAAAUUGCGUUUGUCGAGUUCCAAAGUCAAAGUUAGAAGAAGGGAAGAUUGUUGAGUGCCAAAGUUGUGGCUGUCGUGGAUGUUCCGGUUGA